AUGUUGGCAAUAACUGGAGGACAAGAACUGCGAUCAACUUCUGAGACAAGAUUCAAUAGAGCGCAGGUUGCUUUGCGAGAAAGUGGAGGCCAAAUUGGCAAGUCUCGAAAAGGUGCCACAGAACAAGAUGAAGGUGAUACGUUUGGUAUGUCUGGUGCGGCCAAACAUGGAACUUUUGAGAUCGGUUGUAACUCUCCUAAGUCUACACCACUAAGAGGGGGAUCUCAAAACAAUCACAAGAGAGGGUCUUCAUGGAAGAGACACAGCAGCAGAGCGCCCCGGUACCAGGCUCAACGAACAGUGAAAGAGGGGGAGGAGAGUCAACUGAAACGAAAAGCAGGGGAGGAGGUUGAGGUUACUUCAAAAUUGUCUAAACGUUAA